UCAUUGUUCAUAACACAAACCGUCUCUCUUUUUUUUUUUAUAUAAAAUUAUUUUUGAGUGUCUUGUUUACAAAAGAUACAUGCGUAUUGUACCUGUUGUAACUUUAUUUAUACAUUCUUCAAGCAAAUUAUUUAGACCCGUUACAACACCAUUUUAUCGACGUACCUUCAUGUCUACCGAAGCCAGUGUUAAAUCUAGACAACAACCCAAGUGGCAAGUGCCCACGGCCAAACCUGUGCCGGUAUUAAAGUUCCAAAACUCGCUUACCAAAACCAAGACCGAGUUUAUCCCUAAAGCAGGUAGACGAGUGACAUGGUAUAACUGUGGACCUACAGUGUAUGACGCGUCCCAUAUGGGUCAUGCCAGAACUUACUUGACCAUGGACAUCAUUCGUCGUGUCCUUGAAGAUUAUUUCAAGUACGAUGUCUUGUUUGUUCAAAAUGUCACGGAUAUUGACGACAAGAUCAUUUUGCGUGCUCGACAAGAGUAUCUCUUCAAGGUCAUGAAAGGUGAGACCACUGAAUUAUCCCAAAAACUCAUCGAACAGACUGAGGAAGCUUGGUUGGAAUACGCAGAAUCCAAGCUCAAGAAAUUGGAUCCCUCUCUUUUCGCCUUGGCUAAGGCUAACUGGACCGAUUUCGCUGCCAAAAUGACCCCUGAGGAGGUUGCUAAGGCCAUCAUUCUUGAUCCCAAGUACAAGAUGAAUUUCACUGCAUUGGAUACAUCUUAUACUGCUAUUCAAAAUGCAAAGAGUCAGUUGGAAAAGGGCAUCAAGACAAAGGAAGCCGCUCAACAACUUUUAGAUGCUUCCCAAGAUACACUUUCUGCGUGGUUAGAUGCCAGAAAAGGAUCAGAAGUCAAUGAUCCUAAAGUUUUCCGUGAUCUCCCUGCUUUCUGGGAAGCCAAGUAUUUCGAAGACAUGGAGGCAUUAAAUGUACGUGCUCCCGAUAUUCAAACUAGAGUCAGUGAAUAUAUUCCCGAGAUCAUCGAGUAUGUUCAAAAGAUUAUUGAUAAUGGAUACGCAUAUGCUGCUGAUGGAUCAGUCUACUUUGACACCUCUCGUUAUGAUGGCCAUGCCGGUCAUCAUUAUGCCAAGCUUGAGCCUUGGUCCAAGGGCGAUACCGAAUUGAUUGAGGAUGGUGAAGGAUCUUUGGGUAGCAAGCUUGAAGGUAAGAAAAGUCCUAGUGAUUUUGCCUUAUGGAAGACAUCCAAGCCUGGAGAGCCCGUAUGGGAUUCCCCUUGGUCUCAGGGACGUCCUGGCUGGCACAUUGAGUGUUCCGUGAUGGCGGGUGCAGUCCUUGGCGAUAACAUGGAUAUCCAUUCGGGAGGUGUUGAUUUAGCUUUCCCCCAUCAUGAUAAUGAAAUUGCUCAAGCGGAAGCUCAUUACGACUGUCACCAAUGGGUGAAUUAUUUCUUGCAUGCUGGUCAUCUUCAUGUGGAAGGACAAAAGAUGAGUAAGAGUUUAAAGAAUUUCAUUACCAUCAGUGAAGCACUUCAAACCUAUACCGCACGUCAACUUCGUCUCUUCUUCUUGUUACACCAAUGGGACGCCAAGAUGGAUUUCAAAAAAUCGCGUAUGCACGAAACGGUCAUGUUGGAACAAACCAUCAAGAACUUUUUCGAUAAUACAAAGGCGCUUGUUAACAAGGUUCAAAAUGACGGCUCUCGUGGUGCCACACCUUUACCUGAUGGUGGUAUUACGCAUCGUUACAGAGAAGCUGAAAAGGAGUUGCUCACCAUUUUGCAAAAUAAGCAAGAUAGUGUGCACGCUGCUCUUUGUGACUCCAUCAACACUCCCAAGGUCAUGGACGAAGUGUUGGAUAUGGUCAAUGUGACCAACAAGUACAUGACAGCUGCUGGUGCCAAGGGAGUCAAUAUCCUUCUUUUGAACAAGGUGGCUAAAUGGAUCACUUCCUUGAUGAAGAUCUUUGGUGUUGCUGACAGCGGUGUUGAGAUUGGAUUUGGUGCUGCUACAGGACAAGCCGGUGGUAACACGGAAGAGAUCUUGAUGCCUUACCUCCAAACACUCUCAACUUUCAGAGAUCAAGUGCGUAUUGGUGCACGUAACAAGGUGGAACAUACCGAAUUCUUAAAGAUGUGUGAUGAUCUCCGCGAUAACCAGCUGGUCGAAUUGAGUGUGUCCUUGGACGACCAAGAAGAUGGCAUUGCCCUUGUGAAACUGGUUCCCCGUGAAGAGCUUAUUCAAGCGCGUGAAAAGAAGUUGGCGAUGGCUGCUGAAAAGGAAGCCAAGAAGGCAGCUGCUGCUGCUGAGCGUGAACGUAAGCGAUUGGAGAAGCUUGAGAAGGGUAAGGUCGCACCUGGUGAUAUGUUUAAGAGCUCAGAAGAGUUCUCCAAGUUUGAUGAGGCUGGUUUCCCUACCCAUACAAAAGAUGGUGAAGAAAUCACCAAGAGUAGAAAAAAGAAGGCUCAAAAGGAGUGGGAUAUGCAAAAGAAACUUCAUGAAGAAUAUCUCAAAGAAUUCAAGGCCUAGAUUAUUAUUAAUUAAUUAAAAAAUGACUAUCUUUUUUUUGUUUUUGUAUUUAUUUAUUUUGCUGCAAAUCAAUGAAAAUUAAAAGAGAUUUAUGGUGUGUGUGUGUGUGUGUGUGUGUGUAAGAGAAGGGGGGGAGAAGAUUUUAUUUUUCAUAAAAGAAAAAGAAAAGGGAAUAGUGAAGAUAUAUACAUAAUGAUUUUUUUGUGUGUGUU